CUAUCUAGUCUAUGGAAGUUUCGCCACAGUUUCGCGAAAGUGAAGAUAAACAGGGUGUGACCUCUGAACUACAAUCGGAGAUCCUACGCUCCACCUUCGUUAUCGGUCUCCCCCACCUUUCAGUCGGGUCCCAAUCAGUCUGGUCCCAAGUCAAGAAAGUUUCCAUUCUCAGUGUAAUUCCUCCAAUAUUUACGAAAUUGGUAGUGCUUCAGGGAUUUGUAACUCUAUCCCUCACAAUGGCCAAACAAUUUGAGAACAAAAUCAUCCUUUGCACAGGAGCUGGUUCAGGAAUCGGUCGAGCAACAGCCAUCAAGCUCUCCCAGCUCGGCGCGACCCUCGCUCUGACAGACAUCAACCCCUCUUCUCUUUCCGAGACGCUAUCCCUCUGUGAAGAUGGAGACCAUUUCAUCUCCGCCUUCGAUAUUGGUUCCACAGAAGCCUCCAACGCUUUUGUAGCCUCCAUUAUCAAGAAGUACAGCAAAAUAAGCCACAUCUUCAACUGCGCAGGCGUAAACCCCACCUCUCUCUCAACCGUUUCCAUAACCGACGAAUACUGGGACAAGCUUCUAACCACAAACCUCAAAGGCCUCUUCAACAUAACCCGCGCCUGCAUCCCACAUUUAACAUCCGGAGCCUCCUUUGUGAACGUCUCUUCUAUCGCGGGUCUCAGGCCAACGGCAGGAUUUGCGGUGUAUUGUGCAAGCAAGUAUGGUGUAAUUGGUUUCUCCAAGUGUUUAGCGUUGGAGUUGGGACCAAAGGGAAUUAGGACGAAUAUUGUGGCACCAGGGUAUGUUGACACGCCGACGAACGCUAGCGUGGUGGCGGGGAAGGACGCCGUGGAAAGUAUGGAGAGGCAGGUGUCUUUUGGAAGGAUGGGGACGCCAGACGAGGUUGCGGAUUUGGUGGUCUUCCUUUUUGGCGACGAGAGUCGGUAUAUGAAUGGGAGUGUGGUGGAGAUCAAUGGCGGGUUGGUUUAGGAGGAAUGAAAAUCUGAGACCUGCGG